UAUAACCAUGUAAUACUACAAUGACGCAGCUUUAGUUUUAUAAUGUAUCUAUCUGUAUGUACACUAACAAGAGCCCCAAUUAGGAGCCGUCCCUAAUAAAGUCACUAUUUUUUCUAUUUGUCUGAAUAUGAUUCCAUACCUUGGGCAAAUACCCCUGCAAAAGCUGCAUGUUAGCUUCAGAACAAACAAACCCUAUUUCACAAUAUCGAUUUCUCCUCUCUAUAAAUAAAACGUCAUUAAUUCCAUGUUUGCCAUUAUGCCCACAAACCUAUUAAUUCCUUUAGCGUAUUUGCUCUCUAUUUUUGCAAAAAUGACUUUGGAAGCGAGUGAAAAAAGAGUGACCAAACAACAAACCGCAGGUGGUGUGCUACCACCAGCACAAGAACCCGAUCAGCAACUUCCUUGCCCACGUUGUGACUCAACCAACACAAAGUUUUGCUACUACAACAACUACAACUUGUCUCAGCCCCGUCACUUCUGCAAGUCUUGCCGCCGUUACUGGACCCAUGGUGGCACCUUACGUGACAUCCCUAUUGGUGGCGGUAGCCGCAAGAAUGCCAAACGCUGUCGCAUAUAUACCAGUACCCCCUUUUCCUCCUCCACUGCCGUUUCUCCUCACGGUAAUUCCCCGUUUUUGGUUCCUCUUCCUACAGCUAAUCAAUUGCUUUAUGGUAGCGAUGUGAAGCCGUGUCUCAAUAUGAGUGGCAAUAAUUUCACUUCUUUGUUGAGUUCUCAUGGACCAACAGGGGUUUUAGCACUUGGUGGGAUUGAGGAUGUGAGCUUUAGUAUUGGAAGAGCUGCUGUUUGGCCAUUUCCUGGAGCUCCUGAUUCGUUUAUUCGUAAUUAUGACAGUGGUGUCGGAGCUAGCAUGUGGCAGUUUUCAGGCUGAGAGGGAGGGUUUGUUGGAAGCGGAGUUUAAUUUAACUAAUUUUCCAGACAUAUUUUCAUUGGCAUUGCUACUCAUGAAAUUAUGAUUUGAGUAGGCGUUAGUUUUAUAUAACAAAGGACUAAUUGUUUUUGUAACUUAUUUAAGCUAGCUACGUACUGAGGUUUUUAAUGUUGGCACAUCUUGUCAUCUUUUUCUACAUCAAAGAUUUGCAGGUGGCAGUGAUGAAU